AUGGCCCGCGUGGAGACAGGGAUAUCUCUUUCUUACGAUGUAUCAGCCCUGGGAUCAGAACCCAAACGGCAUGCAGCGUGCGACGAAUGCAGGAAACGGAAGCUCAAAUGCUCGGGAGAACCGACAGGCUGCUCGCGCUGCAUCAAGCAGUCCAUUAUCUGCCAGUACUCUAUACAAAAGCAAAUGGGCAGACCCCCCAAGAAAAGGGCACGUACAGAUGAUGAGGAAGCCAAAUUCCCUGCGCCACUCUCUGAGCCAUGGCCCAGUCCCGACGAGACAUCGCCGUAUUCCUUGACCAUACAUCCCGAUCAAAAUACCGUAGCUGAUGCCGAUCAUCUUUGCCCGCAGUUUUUUUGGCAGCCGGGCAGGGUAUCCAGCUCGCCACAGUCGCAGCCCGUGCCGGAUUUGCUCGCUGGAGAAGAUGAUCACAAUCACACUUGGCGACCGGAUCGUCUCAAGAACAUGAACCUUCCUGUCUUCCCAUCUUCGAGUCCUUGGCCCGACUUCUCGACUGUGUCCGAGGCGACAGCCAUACCACUCCCAAUGCCGACGAGCUUCCCCACUAUGGGCACCUUACCUCUCUCCCCAGAACCCAUUUCUUCAGACCCCGCUACCCCCAAGUGUACAUGCUUGUCGUAUCUAUAUCUAUGCCUCAGUCACAUUUCAUCUCUCGCCUCCUUUCCUGUCGACUCGCACACCGUCUGUUCCCUCUAUAUCGCCGCACGAACUAUCCAGGACGUUAUUCGCUGCCAAUCAUGCCCCAAGGUCUUUGCCACGGGUGUCCAAAAUAUCAUGUUUACCGGGACUCUCUUGACUGUCGUUGCGGACGCCUGGCUGCGCGUAUACAAGAGCAACGCCGUCGAACUAGGUAUACAGACCGCUCCGGCAGACUACGUCACGCGCGUAAUGCAAAGUGCCGACCCGACGCAAGGCUGGGAGGACUGGCUCCGUCAGAUUGUGCGCCGUGCCGUCAUUGGUGGUCCUGCGGAAUGCGCUGCCCUGGGCCACUGCUCCGACCAACCUGACCUGUUGUCUCUCAUUGCAGAAAUCGAGAACCGACAACGCCGCUGGCACGAGCCCGGGCAGCACCCACUCUGGCCAACCAAAGGGGACAACUGCACAACAAAUAGUGCUGGUGCGCAUGAACAACGUGGCUCCCUCGAUGAAAAGGAGCAUCUCUGUGUCCGUAUCGUGGGAAGCUCCAGGGACAUCAUUGCGAAAUUCGAUUUUGAACCCCAGGACUAUCCCCAUGGUGCGUUUCCAAACUGCAUGCAAUCCUAUAUAUAA